AUGAGACAACUUGCUUGUCAGGUCACAGCUACCCAACUAAACAAAAUAAAAGCCCAAAUAAGCACAUAUCAACUAAUCAAACGUGGAUUACCAAUCCCUUCUGAAAUUAAACAACAAUUAAAAUAUCGAUCGGAAAGUCUGGCGGGAGUUUUGAACAGUCUUAGUGAGGACAAUAAAAUGAAGGCUUUGAUCGAGUUGAAGGCGAUUGGCCUGCUGGAUCUCCAAAAGCACGUGCGGGAAGAAGUGUUGUGUGUGAUGAAGGAGUCCUGCCGAAUUGAGGGACCUGCCUUUGGUCGUCGAGUCAAGAGACAAAGCCUCCGUGAUUCCAGAAUAACAGAAAGAAUGGAAAAACAUGAAAAAAUGGAAUCCGAGAGACUAAGAAGACAACAAUUUUUAGUUAAAAUAAUUCAGCAACAUCAAAGGCAAUUCCGUGAAAAUAUGCGAAUUCGAGCAACCAAACUGGGCAAAGUGAACAAGGCCGUGUUAAACCACCACCUGACGAAUGAACGAGAGCAAAAGAAAGAGGAGGAUCGAAUUCGGCGGGAAAGAAUGCGUCGAUUAAUGGCAAUAAAUAAUUAAACACGUUUUUAGGAAGAGGAUGAAGUGGGGUACCGAAAGUUGAUAGAUCAAAAGAAGGACACCCGAUUGAAAUACUUGUUGGAACAAACGGACGAAUAUAUAGGGAAUAUGGCCAAGUUAUUGCAGUCCCACAUGUGUGAUCGGUCAUUGGGGGAGGAAGGACAGGACUGUUAUUCCAUUGCUCAUUUUAAUCGAGAAAAGAUUCAAGUCCAGCCUACAAUCCUCACAGGCGGCACUUUGAAGUUGUAUCAGAUUGCUGGACUGGAGUGGAUGGUGUCUCUUUAUAACAACAAUUUGAACGGUAUUUUGGCAGAUGAGAUGGGUUUGGGCAAGACUAUUCAGACUAUUGCUCUUCUGGCCUAUUUAUUGGAACAUAAGAGAAUUCACGGUCCCCAUUUGGUUGUGGUGCCCUUGUCGUAAGUGGUCGUGCUGAUUGGAAGGACUUUGUCCAAUUGGGUGAAUGAGUUUGGUCGAUGGGCACCUUCGAUGGCUGUGGUGGCAUAUCGAGGGACCCCACAAGUGAGGAGGGAAGUCGGCUUAAGAAUGAGAUCUACAAAUGUAAAUGUGGUCAUUACAACAUAUGAUUAUAUCAUAAAAGACAAAAAUGUCCUUUCGAAGGUAUCUUUUUUGACUAACAGGAAGAUGAGGUGGGUUUAUCUGGUCAUCGAUGAAGGACAUCGUAUGAAGAACCAUCACUGUAAACUGACCAGUAUUCUUUCCAGCAAAUUCCAUGUCCCCUACCGACUGCUUCUAACGGGGACUCCUCUGCAGAACCGUCUUCCUGAACUCUGGGCUCUUUUAAACUUUAUUCAGCCGACAAUAUUUAAAUCCUGUGCCACGUUCGAGCAGUGGUUUAGUGCUCCAUUUGCUAGUAUGAAUGAGCGGGUGGAACUUAACCAGGAAGAGUCACUUUUGGUAAUUCGUCGACUCCACACGAUUUUACGUCCAUUUAUCCUUCGAAGACUAAAAAAGGAAGUUGAAUGUCAGUUGCCGGAUAAAGUGGAAUAUAUAAUCAAAUGUGCCCUCACUCCACUCCAGAGAAUUAUGUAUACACAUAUGCAGAAGAAUGGAGUAGUCCUCACAUGUGAUGAAAAGUCAAAAGUUGUUGGGAGGUCACUUUCUAAUACUCUUAUGCAAUUACGGAAGAUAUGUAAUCAUCCUUUCAUGUUUGAGUCGGUUGAAAAGUCGUUGGCACAGAAAUUUGGAAUGUCCAAUGAUAUGGUCACUGGGCCUCUUCUUUUCCGUGUUUCGGGAAAAUUUGAGGUCCUUGACAGAAUAUUGCCCAAAUUGAAAGCAGUGAAUCGAAAAUGUCUUGUUUUUUGUCAAAUGACAUCUUUAAUGAAUAUUUUGGAGGAUUAUUUGAAUAUGAGGGAUUUUUCUCACCUCAGAUUGGACGGGUCUACCAAAGCUGAGGACAGGGAGUUCCUCUUGUCUCAGUUCAACGACCCCCAACUUGACACGUUUAUAUUCCUUCUGAGUACUCGGGCUGGUGGGUUGGGACUGAACUUACAAACUGCGGACACAGUGAUAAUAUUUGACUCUGAUUGGAAUCCCCAUCAAGACCUGCAGGCCGAAGACAGAGCACAUCGGAUUGGGCAGCUCAGACAAGUCACAGUACUUCGUCUAGUCACUGUUAAUUCUGUGGAGGAAAGAAUUCUUUCUGCUGCAAAGAAUAAACUAAAUAUGGACGAGAAGGUCAUUCGUGCUGGAAUGUUUGACCAAAAGUCAACAUCCGAUCAAAGAAGGCAAUUCUUGCAGAGUUUAUUGGAUCAGGACGGAGAUGAGGUUAAGGACGCUGAUUCUAUCCACGACGAUGAAGCCAUCAAUGCUAUGCUAAUGAGGUCAAACGAGGAAUAUGAGUUGUUCACACAGAUGGACUCCCAGCGUGAACAAAUGGACAAACGUGACAAUAUUCCUUCAAGAGUAAUCACCGAGGAUGAACUCCCCCUUUGGCUUGUUCAUUCGUCUUAUGAAAAAGUGAACUCGCCAAUUUGGGAACAUUCUUUCUCACGGAGACGGGCACAAGUUGAGGAGGAGGAUUCGAGUUUCUCAGAGGAUUAUGUGCCCAGUAGACCAAAGAGAGCAGUCAAGCCAACCCAGAGGGAUAUUGGUCAGCUCUUGAACGAUUUGUUGACAUUUUUGAUUGACUAUCAUGACGAGUAAUGGUUUUAGUAUAGUUAAGGGAUGGCCGAGCAUUGAUUGAUCCUUUCCUGGAAUUGCCAUCGAGGAGAGAGUUGCCUGACUAUUACGAGAUUAUUAAAAAGCCAGUGGACAUAAAGCGGAUUAAGGUGUUGGGUGUGUUGUAUUGUAGAGUCGAAUCAAGUUGAAGAAAUAUACUUCAUUGGAGGAGUUCUCUAAGGAUGUUGUACUCAUGUUUGAGA